UUUCGUGGCGGUAAAUGCCACCAGAUGGCAGUUUAGGAUUGCUUCUCUCCUGAAAGGCGCGGUUCCGCUUGAGGUCUAAAUUACAAUAUAAAACAUAAAGUAUUCUGUCAUUAAAUUGGACCAAUUAUCGCCCGGGUGCGCCGUGGAGACUCUUUCGGCGGGCAAAAGGUUAUGUGAUCUUAUGGAGGUGCUCGCUGCCUGUUCCAUCUGAAUCAUCUUACUGGAGACCAGGACAGACAGGGGGACUGUCUUUAACACCUUCGAUCCUGCUCGGGACAAAGUGUCUAUAAUAAAUACCUUUUUGCCUCAGUAAAGAGCCACGAUGAUUAACUCGGAGUUCCCUGUCCUGCAGGACUCAUCUAAUGAGUCUGGUCAGGGAGACACAGUGAGUCUGAGCCUCAGUGUCAGUGAACUGGAUGACACUGGAGAGGGAAAAGGCAAGAAGAAGAGAGGAAGGCCAGGGAGACCACCGCAGGCGACCAAUAAGAAGGCCCGCAAGUCUCCAGUUGACAAGGGUGGCAGGAGGCCCAAUGGCAUGGCCCAGCAAAAUGGAGAAGGAGGAGACCCCACCACGCUGUUUGAAGUGGUCAAACUGGGCAAGAGUGCCAUGCAGUCUGUUGUUGAUGACUGGAUCGAGUCGUACAAGCAGGACCGAGACAUGGCUCUUCUGGAUCUCAUCAACUUUUUCAUUCAGUGCUCUGGAUGUAAAGGUACUGUAAGAAUUGAGAUGUUUAGAAACAUGCAGAAUGCAGAAAUUAUCAGGAAGAUGACAGAGGAGUUUGAUGAGGAUAGUGGCGACUACCCGCUCACGAUAGCCGGCCCACAGUGGAAGAAGUUCCGCUACAACUUCUGUGAAUUCAUCGGUGUUUUGAUCCGCCAGUGCCAGUACAGCAUCAUCUAUGACGAGUAUAUGAUGGACACAGUCAUUUCCCUCCUUACCGGCCUUUCAGACUCACAGGUCCGAGCCUUCAGACAUACCAGCACCCUCGCAGCUAUGAAGCUGAUGACGGCCCUGGUGAACGUAGCAUUGAACCUGAGCAUCAACCAGGACAACACACAGAGACAGUAUGAGGCUGAGCGCAACAAGGUGGCGGGGAAGAGAGCCACAGACAAGCUGGAACUGCUGCUGGAGAAGAGGAAGGAGCUUCAAGAGAACCAAGAUGAAAUUGAGAACAUGAUGAACUCCAUCUUCAAGGGAAUUUUCGUUCACCGCUACAGAGAUGCCAUUGCUGAGAUUAGAGCUAUCUGCAUUGAGGAGAUCGGCGUCUGGAUGAAACUGUACAGCGACGCCUUCCUUAAUGACAGCUAUCUGAAAUAUGUGGGCUGGACAUUACAUGAUAGGCAAGGAGAAGUCCGACUUAAGUGCCUCAAGGCACUUCAGACACUGUACACAAACAGAGGGCUCUUCCCUAAGCUGGAGCUCUUCACUAACCGCUUUAAGGACCGGAUUGUGUCAAUGACUCUAGAUAAAGAGUAUGACGUGGCUGUGGAGGCUAUCCGGCUGGUGACUCUGAUACUGCAUGGCAGUGAGGAUGCUCUCUCUAACGAAGACUGUGAAAACGUCUAUCAUCUGGUCUACUCCGCCCAUCGGCCUGUGGCAGUGGCAGCAGGAGAGUUCCUCCACAGGAAGCUGUUCAGUCGGCACGACCCCCAGGCAGAGGAGGCUCUUGCUAAGCGGCGGGGUAGGAACAGCCCUAAUGGCAACCUCAUCAGGAUGCUGGUGCUUUUCUUCUUGGAAAGUGAGCUGCACGAGCACGCAGCAUAUCUAGUGGACAGCCUAUGGGACAGCUCUCAGGAGCUGCUAAAGGACUGGGACUGCAUGAUCGAGCUGCUGCUAGAGGAGCCGGUACAGGGAGAGGAAGUGCUGGGAGACAGACAUGAGAGCGCUCUGAUCGAACUCAUGGUCUGCACCAUCAGGCAGGCAGCCGAGGCUCACCCACCUGUUGGCCGAGGAACAGGGAAGCGCGUUCUCACUGCUAAAGAAAAGAAGACCCAGGUUGAUGAUAAGAAUAAACUGACUGAGCACUUCAUCAUUGCUCUUCCUAUGCUGCUGUCAAAGUAUCAAGCAGAUGCUGAGAAAGUGGCCAACCUCCUGCAGAUCCCUCAGUACUUUGACCUGGAGGUCUACAGUUCUGGACGAAUGGAGAAGCACUUGGACGCUCUGCUAAAGCAGAUCCGGGUGGUGGUGGAGAAGCACACAGAGACGGAGGUCCUGGAGGCCUGCAGUAAGACUUACAGCAUCCUGUGCAGUGAAGAGUAUACCAUCAUGAAUCGAGUGGACAUUGCCCGCAGCCAGCUCAUUGACGAGCUCACGGAUCGUUUCAGCCACUCUGUGGAGGAUCUUCUGCAGGAGGGGGACGAGGCCGACGAUGAUGACAUUUACAAUGUACUCUCGUCCCUGAAGAAACUCACUGCUUUUCAUAAUGCUCAUGACCUCACAAAAUGGGACCUGUUUAAGAACUGCUACCGGUUACUGAAAAUGGGAAUAGAACAAGGGUCCAUGCCAGAGCAGAUUGCUGUCCAGGCACUACAGUGUUCACAUUACUCAAUCCUGUGGCAGCUGGUCCGAAUCACAGAGGGCUCUCCAUCCAAGGAUGACCUUGUUGCUCUAAGAAGAGUUGUGAAGUCGUUCCUAGCUGUGUGCCAGCAGUGCCUGUCAAAUGUGAACACUCCUGUGAAAGAGCAGGCAUUCAUGUUGCUGUGUGACCUGCUGAUGAUCUUCAGCCACCAGCUGACCACAGGGAGCAGAGAAGCCCUGCAACCAUUAGUCUUCAAUCCAGACAACACCCUGCAGAGCGAGCUCCUCAGCUUUGUGCUAGACCACGUCUUCAUUGACCAGGACGACGAGAACCAGAGCAUGGAGGGUGAUGAGGAAGAUGAAGCCAAUAAAAUUGAGGCUUUACACAAGAGGAGGAACCUUCUUGCUGCUUUCAGCAAGCUCAUUAUAUACGACAUUGUGGACAUGCCUGCGGCAGCUGACAUCUUUAAACACUAUAUGAAGUACUACAAUGACUAUGGUGACAUCAUCAAGGAGACCCUGAGCAAGACCAGGCAGACGGAUAAGAUCCAGUGUGCCAAAACACUUAUACUCAGUUUGCAACAGCUCUUUAAUGAGCUUGUGCAGGAUCAGGGGCCCAACCUGGACCGAACCUCUUCCCAUGUGAGUGGCAUUAAAGAGCUGGCCCGCCGUUUCGCUCUCACCUUUGGACUGGACCAGAUCAAAACCAGGGAGGCAGUAGCAACGUUGCACAAGGAUGGAAUUGACUUUGCCUUCAAGUUUCCAAACCCCAAAGGAGCAGAGUACCCUCCCCCAAACUUGGCUUUUCUGGAAGUGCUCUGCGAGUUUUCCUCCAAACUACUCCGGCAGGAUAAAAAGACUGUACAUUCGUACUUGGAGAAGUUCAUGACUGAGUACAUGAUGGAGCGGAGAGAGGACGUGUGGUUGCCGCUGAUCGCCUACAGGAACUCUCUACUAACGGGAGGAGAUGAAGACCGCAUGUCUGUUACAACGGGCAGCACCACCAGCAGAGCCAGCACAGUGCGCAGCAAGAGAGGCCGACCGCCACUGCACAAGAAACGCACAGACGCAGCAGAUGAAAGUGUGGACGGCUCAUGGGUGAUGCGCAACGACACCAUCCAGACUCCUGGAGGUUUGCAGACACCGCAGCUCACAUCCACAGUGCUAAGAGAGAACCCGCGACAAGCAGCAGAACAUAUCCCAGAGCAAGACUCCUCGGAACCAGGCUCUGAACCCGACUACAUUCACAAUCCACAGAUGCAGAUGUCAUGGCUCGACCAGCAGAAGAUGGACGAGGUGAACAGGAAAGAGAGAGGUGGCAUGAACUACAUGAAGGCGCGAAGCGGAGGCGUAAGGCAACAAGUACGUGGCUUAAUGGAAGAUGACGCAGAGCCCAUCUUUGAAGAUGUGAUGAUGUCAUCGCGUGGUCAGUUGGAGGACAUGAAUGAGGAGUUUGAAGACACCAUGGUGAUAGAUCUGCCUCCAUCAAGAAACAGACGAGAGAGAGCUGAACUCAGACCAGACUUUUUUGACUCCACAGCAAUUAUAGAAGAUGAUUCUGGAUUUGGUAUGCAAAUGUUUUGAAGCAGACUACAGAUUCUGUGGGGGAAAUCACAACCAGCAAUGUCAUUUCUCCAGUCAAGCAGCACCAACGUGUUUUGAGAAUCACAUGUUCAACGUAUUAUUUUCAAGCAAAAAAAGAAAAGAAAGACUUUUGUGCUUUUCUCAGUGAUAAAGUCACAGUCACAUGUUUGACACAGAUGAAAAGUUUGGUGAUCAUACUGAGUUUUAGUGAGGACCAGUGCGUGACUCUCCUGUCUCUCCAUCUCUUCUGUUUUACCAUGGUACACACAGCCGAAAGCGUAACAUCAAGCAUCAAAACGAACUCUUUCUGUUUUUGUUUUGUAGCGUUCUCAUAGAAAUUUGUCCCUUUUUUUUAAAUCAAGUCCCUGCAAAGCAUUGGCAUAUUUUAACACAGUUUUAAAAUGAUUGUGAAGUUCAUGUACAUACAGUAUGGGUUUAUGUAACGUCACGGUUUGAGUUGAGCACCACUUUGGCGCUCGGUGAAUUUUCCUACUUUAAAUGUGGACACAUACGGAGAAGGAAAGUGGGAUUGUCAAGAGUUCAACAGCAGUUUCAUUUUUUCCUCAGAUGUGAUAUUAACAGCUCGCCAGUUUACACUUUACUAGUUUGUGCUUACCUCCUCUGGUUAAGAGCCUCUUCGAGCGGUUUGACCGUCAACUUUCCAUCUGUGAAUACGUCCCAGCUGUAAAACAUCUACACGAUACUGUGUGUCUGUGAAUGUGGUCUGUUCUCAAUCGGGACGUCCCGCGUAUGAAAGCGCAUCAGCCUUCAUUUUAGAGCGUCAAUGUGGUAUUCACGAGUGAUGUCAUAUCCCUUGUUUAGGAUGGUGCCUAUAGGACUACAUUGCUAUUUUAAUUAGGAUUCAUCAAGCUGGGGGAGGGUUACCAUUCGUUCACCAUGUUGACUGUUCAUUUUUUAUGUUUAAAUAAAGGUAUUUAAAAAGUAUUUUCAAUUAAGUAAAUUUGCAAGAGCUAUCGGAACUCAGUGUUUUGGGUUUGUUUUUUUUUUUGGCACAAUAUUUUUGUUGUUGUCUGUCCCAAAACUGUACUGGAAGUAUUUCUUCAUGGCCAGAACAAAAAUUUUAAUAUUAGCAGUUUUAUUUUUUUGAUUUGUUCAUUUUCCUUUUUGGUCACUCCUUAGCUGCAUUAAUUCUCAAUGAAAAUCCACAUGGAUGAGAGAUUAUGUGCGUUUUCUCCAGCUAUUCGGAAGAAAACUGUUUGGCCUUUACGAUUCCUGACGGGCGGUUUCUUUUUCUUUAUGACAGUUUGUUUGAUCAAGUCAUUUUCCUGCCACCCUGCUUGGAAUAAUCGGUCAACUAGAUUUUAACAGUUGCUCUGGAGAGAAGUCUACAUUUUGUUUCUGUGUUGUUGUUGUUCAGUACCAACAAAAUGCAUUUUAAUAAAAAUGGAUUAUUCAUAA